AUGCCGCCCUCCGAAGACCAGAGACCGAAAGGAUCCAUCUCGCGACUUCUGAAAGGCAAGGAGAAAGAGUGGAAUGAGGUUGCUGAGAAGCGUGGGCCCUUGACUCUCCUUGAUCUACCCGUCGACAUCCUGAAAGAGAUCGUGCACCAGCUUCCACAUACGAACGACCUCACAUCACUCGCACUCUGUCACUCCGCUCUCCAUAGCCUCGCGAUUCCCUACAUCUACUCCCGGUUCGACAUUGUUUGGCCGGACGCAAGCACUAGCAAUGAGCCACGGGUUGGUGUUGAUGCCCUCACCUACGGCCUGUCUACGUUGGUCAUGGCCAAACCAAUGUUUCGCGAAGAUUCACGGCCAUCAAAACCCAAGACGGCGCUGCCCAAGGGUUACCAGCAAUAUGCCCUGCCCCCUAUCCGGCGGGGUAACUACUACGCCAAAUACACGAAGAAGUUCUCGCUUGGCAAUGGGCCAACAGACUGGGUGCAAGAAUACCUGAUCACGAAAGAGCCCGGAAAGAUGCUCGGGACUCAGGUCGCGCUAGCUGUAGCAAGAAUGGAAAAUCUGGAAACCUUCGUCUGGGACAUGCCCACAGGUGUGCUGAGAGAUGUCUGGCUGUCACUAUCAUCCUUGGCGGACAGGAAUGAUCCAGAAAGUUGUCGACUAGAGCGAAUAUGGAUUCGGUGGCACAACAACUCGGACAUCGAUUCGCACACUUCGGCUCCAUCACCUCCUAUACCACUAGCACACGUUAUGCCCGCACCACAUGCGCCUCAUACCAGUGGUGCUAACGUCACUUCUGCCCCAGUAGCAGUAUCCGCACACGCUAUACAAACGAAUUCAGCCAUCGAUCGAGUCGAGCGGCCGACCUUUUCUGUGCUCCCAGCUCUUAAGAGUUUGAGUGUUCUUGACAUCGAUGAGCUACCUUACUUGGAUGAGAUGAGCAUCUUGAUAGCACGGUCGCAACACAAACUCAGGGAGCUGAGAGUUGGAAUAGCGAGACACUCGCAACAGCGAGAUUGGGUCAACGCUUGGGAGGGUGACGGGCUGCAACAGGUUGAUUACAACUGGAAAUGGACCUCCACUACCCCCCGGAUCCAAGACAAGCGCCUCGGGGGCGUGCUCGGUAUCUUGGUAGGCCGGGUUUAUAACAUGCGGCGGAAUGCAUACGAUGCAAAGCCUCCGAUCUCAGUCGAAGCCGCCGGAGAUCUGUUUCCAGCUUCUACCAAGACGGAGACCCCUACCAUGGAUUCGACAACACCCGUCACAUCACCAGUCGAACACUCGCCGACUGCACAAAGUGAUGAAAGCCUCGACGAACCGAGCGACACUCCUGAGGACCCCGUCACAUCAGCACUUGGUCUCAAGCACGAUACUCCGACAGGAGAGCAAAACGUGCAUUCCCGGUCUUCUUCUGCGAGUGCCUUCAAAGGUACGGAGGCAUUGGAGAUGCUUUGCGAUGUGGCUCAACUGAACCGGGCUGAAAUAAGAGACCAGGCUUAUGGACCUGCGUUGAAGGAUAGGCUCCAACUGCACACGCUAGAGCUUGAAAGGGUCCCCAUAUCCGUCCCGAUUCUACUCAAAGCUUUCGACUGGUCGAUGCUAACCACGCUCACGCUGCUUAAUUGUCAUGGCCAUGACGCACUUUGGAAGUUCUUGAGACGCAGCUUUUCGCCCAGAUAUAGUGGACACAGCGCAUCCAAGGCAGUCUCUAACCCUCCAAGACCGACGAGCUACGACUAUAGGCUCAAUCUCAGGAAGAUUCACACAAACACAGUUUCGGCACCGCUCAUCUCGUUCCUCAAAGAGACUUUGGCACCCAAUAGUCUGGAGGUCCUCUUCCUGCAAGAACAUCGGUCUUACAACUCAAACGUCACAGUGGAUGCUAUAUAUAAAGGUCCUAUAAAGCGCCACCGGGAGAGUCUCAAGAAAGUCAUGAUCGAUAGCAGCGACAAGUGUGUGGAUGGACACGCCACCGGUCCCGCACGAUGGAGGAGGUGGAUGGUCAACCGCGAAUUCCUCGGUUUCAUCACCAGCGGGCGGAUGCGUAAUCUACGGGAGCUUGCCAUUACAAUGGACUUCCGAGAUUGGCAUUAUUUCCUUCAACGGCUUCCUCAAAUUCCCCAUCUGCGAUCGCUCUAUAUUCCUGUCUUGGCUGAGCAUGGCCACGGCCAUAAUAUUGACCCCAAGGUGUUCGCAAUGCAGGUCAUCGACAUAGUACAUUUGAAGCCUGAGGUUGAGCUAUGUUAUAUGGGUAUCAUGAACAAGUGUUUCGAAAUCUUGGAGAACAAGCCGUCGGGCAACGAUUCACAUAGCGACGCCAACCCUCAGCAUAGCAGCUCCAACGCUACUGGAAUUGGUUACAAUGCAGUUGGUCAGGCUCCUAUGAACUCGGACGACGAGGGAGAUGAUACUGAGGACGACGACGAUGAUGACGAUGACGAUGGCAUGAAUGGUGAGCUGGACGAGACCGAGUCAGAGCCUUCAGACGAUGGCCGGACGGACACCGACGGCGAGGACUCUUACAUGCACGACGACGAUCGCAGAGGGCCGAAGGUGCGACUUCGCGAGAUCUUGUUCUACGACGACAAGGUGGCCAUUUUCAAGGCUAGGCAUGGGAAGCUCUAG